AUGCUGCUCGUUGGAAUUGGCGCAUCGGCUGCCGCGGGGGCUGCUCUUGUGCUGCCGCUGCUGCUCUAUUACCACUUUGUGGACCGUAAGAAGAGCACCCUCGUGACGGGUCUUACCUUCUGCUGCACCCUGACUUCCGCCCUUCUUCUGGCCCUUCUAGUGCCUAUAGACAUAAUGCAAGCAUCUACAGCAAAUUCGGAUUCUAUGCAAGUCCCAGAAGAACCGAGGGCAGUGCAGGCACCAUCUGUCACGGAGGCAGCGGCCGCUGCUCAUGCUGCCAACGCCUCUUCCGCGUUUACCCCUGCGGGUGCGGCAGCAGCAGCAGCUGCUGCUGCUGGCUGGGCGGCUCUGAGAAGUGCUACUCUGCCGCUCACAGCAGACCUUCUUCAGCGUAUCUAUCUAUUCCUUGGGGCUGCGGUUUUUGUGUGCUGCUUCCUCCUAACGCCCGCGGCCGUCUUCUACGCCAAUGAGCGCAACAGAAGAUGCGUGCAAGAUGUGGACGAGGACGAUUCGCUUCCGUGUGAGACGCUUUUCGUAGCCCUUCGGAAAACCGGUUUCUUCGUCCUGGCUCUAUGUGCUGUGCUGCUGCUGCUCCUAGCGCUGAGACCAGGGAUGCCUUCUCCUGCCUUUCUGAGACCGGAAAAAAUAGCUCUUCCAUCGGUUGCGCCAGAGCAGCAACAGCGCAGGCCACCAAACCCUGAAGGGACAAGCCCCGCAAGUUUGAUGGCUGCAGCUGCAGCAGCUGCCUCUGCCGCAGCCGCCACGGCUAGUGCAGCAGCAGCACGUGCAGCAGCUGCAGCAAUGCGUGUUGAUUCGGAAGCAGUGCAGUUGUACACAGCUCAGCUUCUCGGUGUCCACAAGACAGGAGUGGACUCCUUGUUGUUUCUGGGGGCAUGCUUCCUCUGCGCCGCUCAAGUCGUGUGGAUUGUCUUCGGCGCUUUUGGCUUGGCGACUCUCCCUUUCGCAUGGCUCUACCGCGGCCUGUCAACCCAACAGAAACAGCGGCAGGUGCAACAUGAGAUUGCAGCAUUACGAGAGCAACAGCGUCAGCUCCAGAUAAAGUACGCUGGGGGACUCCAUGAGAUGAGACCCGAAGACUCUGAAGCCCUGGAGAAGCUCAGGGUACAGCAGCGGUUGUGCAGCGAAAGGAACUACAAGCUACAAUACCCUCCCACCGAUCUGUGGUUAGUUUGCUGUUGGCUGCUACUUCUGCUCCUGGGCGGGCUAUAUGGACUUCUCGAGCUGUUACCACGCUGCAAGUCGAGGCGCACGGGCAUGCGAGAAUUACAGCAACACAUGAGUGUAAAGGGCGGACGCAGCUCUCCACAAAUGCUCCUCCUACUAUCUGCACUGCUUGCCCAUCUAAUCCUGGCAGCGGGACUCUGCCUAUUCACAGCGGCUCCUCAGUACGCGUCGUUCGGGAACCAGACGUUCGUGCCCCAGAAUGGAUCAGACGCCAUCACGUGCACAUUACACGCUGCAGCUGCAGGCACUUCGUGUCAUCUCACAAUAUUCGCUGCUGCUCUUUCCCAAGUGGCUUUUGCCACUCCGAUGCUCGCCUCAAUACUAUACUGCAGUAAUUGGCUGUUCCUCAUCUGCAUCAUUCUGUGCUUGGUGUAUGCGGCAAUUUGCAAACGCGCCGCGCCUCAUCUUGGGGACCCCUGGGACUCUCACCAACUGCGAAAGGCAGCGGAAGACCUCGAAGAUAUGGCAAUUCUUGAUGAAUCCGCCAGCCUUAUUGGCACGUAG